AUUAAGAGAGAAAAACAUUAGGGAUAGUUAGGACUUUUCACGCCAAACAUUAGGGUUUAUAGUUUCUCUCUUAUAAAUUGUUUCUUCUGCCGAUUUCGCACCACUAGCAAUUGCAGAACUAGGGUUUUCGGCGGCACAAUCGUCUUCAACAACAAGAAAGGAACAAGAGUCUCUUUGAAAUCAACUUGCAAUUAUGUCUGGAGAAGAGGAAGUUGUUGUAGCUGAGCCAGUUGUUGCUGCAGCUGGAAUUCCAGGAGAGCCAAUGGAUAUUAUGACCGCAGUUCAGCUUGUGUUGAGAAAGUCUCGUGCUUAUGGUGGACUUGCACGCGGUCUUCAUGAAAGUGCUAAAGUGAUCGAGAAGCAUGCUGCACAGCUCUGUGUUCUUGCUGAGGAUUGUGACCAACCUGAUUACGUCAAGUUGGUGAAAGCCCUUUGUGCUGAACACAGCGUCAGCUUGUUGACUGUUCCAAAUGCAAAGACCCUUGGAGAAUGGGCUGGUUUGUGCAAAAUUGAUUCAGAAGGAAAAGCUAGGAAGGUAACUGGUUGCUCCUGUGUGGUUGUCAAGGAUUUCGGCGAGGAACAUGAAGCAUACAACGUUGUUCUUCAGCACGUGAAAUCUAACUGAGUUGCAAUAUGCUUAGAUUUGUGGCAGUCUCAAUUUGAAGUUUUAGUAUAAGUCCUGUGAUUUUUGCCUUUAUCUUUUUGGAUUAUCUGCUUAGGGAUUUUGAUGGUUUAAUACUGUACCCAUUCUCAUUGCUACAUUUUACUUAAAUUUGUUGAGACUGACAACUUUGUUUAAAAGUUAUUUACGUAACUACUGUCUUUUGAGAUGGCAAA